AUGGUGAAGGCGCGGCGGCCGGCCGCCGCGCGCGCCCCGCGUGCCCCGCGUGCCCCAGCGCCUGAAGCCGGGCCCGUCAGGAAGCCGAGGCGGAAGAAGAGAGUCUGGAGGAACAAAGCGCGAGAAGCCGGCGGGACGCCGGGGGACGACCCCGGAGUGGUCGCGGUGCGACCCCCAAAGGCCCCGGAGGACUUUUCCCCAAACUGGAAGGCGUUGCAGGAGCUGCUGAAACAAAGAUCACAGACCCCACAAGAGCCUCUACUUCCCUCUCAAACGGAUUCCAGAAAGCAGCCCCAGCGUGUCCAACAGAACAGAAACUGGAUUUCAGAUAAAGCAAAGAGAGAGGCGAUGGGGAUGGAAAACACAGACCCCGAGGCCAAAGGGGCCUCCGGGCCCUCGGGGUUGCUAACGAGCAGGAAGGCAGCGGUGCAGCCCGAGGAGAAAGGGGCCAGGAAGAGGACCAGUGCUGACGUGUCUCCGCAGCAAGGCGGCAUCAAGCAGAAGAAGCGGAAAGCUAGGGAGCCGACUGCCCCGCUGCCUCCAGCCCCCCCCACCGAAGAUGACAUCUGGUUUGACGAUGUUGAUCCAGCGGACAUCGAAGCGGCCAUUGGCCCGGAGGCAGCCAGCAUAGCGAGGAAGCAGCUGGGUCAGAGCGAGAGCAGUGUCACGCUGGUGAAGGAGCGGGCCUUCGGCGGGCUGACUAAAGCCUUAGCCAUGGACUGCGAGAUGGUGGGCGUGGGCCCCAAGGGGGAGGAUAGCAUCGUGGCCCGCGUGUCCCUGGUGAACCAGCACGGGAGGUGCGUGUACGACAAGCACGUGAAGCCAACCCAGCCCGUGACCGACUACAGGACCGCGGUCAGCGGGGUCCAGCCUGCGGACCUGGCGCAGGGAGAAGAGUUUGAAGUUGUUCAGAGGGAAGUCGCGGACCUGCUCAAGGGCCGGAUUCUGGUCGGACAUGCGCUGCACAACGACCUCAAGGCACUGUUUCUGGGCCACCCGAAGAGGAAGAUCCGGGACACUCAGAAGUACAGGCCUUUCAGGACCCAAGUGAAGAGCGGACGGCCAUCUCUGAAGCUGCUUGCAGAGAGAAUCCUGGGGAUUCAGGUGCAGCAGGCGGAGCACUGUUCCGUCCAGGAUGCACAGGCGGCAAUGAGGCUGUAUGUCCUGGUGAAGAGGGACUGGGAGAGCCUCUCCGGGGACAGGCGGCCCCCCGCCCCCGAGGCCGGCAGCCAGGACACCUAG